AUGUCGGCCAAUCCAGAGGAGACGUUCGAGGGCGACUCGCCCUCAUGCCGUUCCUCUUCCUCGGAGGAGGAGGGGAUUAUUGGAGGAGGCGGCGUGUGGGGGGUAGAUCUGGGUGUCGACGUGGAGGAGGCGCAUCGCGCGGCGUGCGCGGCGGGAGAUUCGACCUACAUCGACCCUGAAACGGGCUAUUCAGUCUUCACGGCGCCGGCUCUGCUCAAGCCCGGUCGUUGCUGCGGCAAUAAAUGCAGGCACUGUCCGUUUGGUCACUAUGCUGUGCGCACCAACGCAUUCAUGUCACGAACCAGCUCGCUCACGGAGCCCAUGCUUCUGUCUCCCUCCAAGGGCCCCGCUCCCUCCUCGCCUGCACUCGCCCUGCUGUGGGACGGCAGUCUGCCCGCCCUGCUCGCCCUGCAGGCUCUCACCGACCAAUCAAAAUCUGCCACGUCAGCCGGAUCGUCAACACAGAAUGUCGUGCUGACGACUCUCUUUGACCCGCACUCCGGGCAAGUCCUGUCCCCCACCAGCGUUCCUGACGUAGCCGCUACAACUGGUGUAGCCGCUACAACUGACGUAGCCGGUAAAGCCGAUGUACUGCCAGCAACCGCUUCUCGGGCAGCUGGAAAUCUUUGCUGCCUGCCCGUCUCGAUCCGGGCAGUGAUGGACCAAUCGCUGGCGCUGAAACGACCACUGCUCGCAGUCCCUGUAGAGGGAUGUGAGGCUCUCUGUAGCGGGGAUAGGAAUGAGGUGGGGGGAGGCGAGGGGCAGGAGAAGGGGCAGGAGAAAAGUCAGGAGAAAGCGCAGAAGUCGGGAUGUGGGUGUCAGUCAGGAGCAGAGGCAGAUGUGGGAGCAGGAAGAGGAGCAGGAGGAGCAGCAGAAGCACGACAAGGUUGUGGGGAGAUGAGUGCAGGAGCGAUCAGUGUGGGUGGGUUCACGCCUAGCUGGGCGUCUGUGCUUCAGUCUGCUCUUGACUCCUCGCUCAAGUCUCCAGUGCAUGCGGUCGUAUCUCCCCUCCCCCUCCCCCUCUCAACCCCUGCUUCAGCCACUGCUUCAGCAACUGCUGCUGCUGCCGCUGCUGCUACUCCUGCCACUCCUGCUGCUGCCACUCCCGCUGCUGUCAUACCUCCUCCUGCUGCCGACACUGGGUCAGCUAGUGCAGCAGCAGCAGCAGCAGCAGCGUUCCCAGUGAAGCCAGUGUUUGAUCACCAGUCACUCAUCAGAACAGCACCGAUCGCACGAGGCUCGACUCUUUUGCAACCAUCCCAGUUCCGAGUCCUCAUGCAUGAAGCAGGCACGUGGCAGCAUGUUACCACAGAGGAGGCAAUUUCCCGGCUUGCUUCCUCUCCCUCACCGUCGUCUCGCCCAUCAUUGGCUGGAACUGCUCCUGCUGCUCGUCUGCCAUUCGUUGAGAUGAUGCGCAAUGUGGGACGUCCAUCGGGAAGAGCUUUGUUACUCGGAAGCUUCGCAAUGGCGAGCAAGAAGCGGUCGUACGAGAAGCUUCCGUUCGGCGCUCCGCCGAGGCAGGCGGACGAGCCGUUUAAUCCGUUCGUCAACCACAGCGCGCCGAUCGAUACGCCCUACGAGAUCGUUAAGCUGACGCUGAUGUUCCCCGUGUUCCUCGUGCGUGCGGUGCUCAUGUUCGUCUGCUUUAUUUUCGGAUACUUCUUCGCGAGCAUCGCGCUGAUUGGCGCGAAGCACAUCCACACCAAGCCCUUCCCCAAGUGGAGGAGGAACAUCCUGUGGCCCGCUAAGCUCCUGACACGUGGCGUUCUCUUCGCCUGCGGAUACAACUGGAUUGAGGUGAAAGGCAAGCCUGCUUCCAGAGCAGAGGCGCCCAUUCUCGUGUGCAACCACGUGACCUUUGUGGACCCCGUGUUCCUGUUUAUGGCUCACCUGCCCAUGAUCAUCACGGCUAAAGAGAACAUGAAUAUCUUUAUAGCGGGGACAAUCAUGAAGGCCCUUCAGGCCAUAGCAGUCGAUCGUGCGUCCCCCACCUCACGAAAGGACACAUCGUACGAGAUAAAGAAGCGCGCCAUGUGCAACAACUGGGCGCGCGUGCUGCUCUUCCCCGAAGCCACGACUACCAACGGCCGCUCGCUCGUCUCCUUCAAAACGGGCGCCUUUGCUCCGGGCCUGCCGGUGCAGCCGGUGGUGGUGACGUACCCCUACACGUCGUUUGACCCCUCCUGGGUGGCCGAAGGGCUCCCCGAUAUGACCCUGCUGUGGCGCAUCAUGUCCCAACCGCACAACCGCAUGCGUGUGGAGUAUCUGCCGGUGAUCAUCCCCACAGAAGAGGAGAAGAGGGAUGCACGCAAGUUCGCUGAGAGGGUGCGUCUGGCCAUGGCGCGGCGUCUCAACCUGGCCCUCACAGACCACUCGUUUGGCAACGUGCUGCUGGCGCUCGAGGCAAAGAAGCUCAGGCUGCCCGUGGGGACGGCGAACGUGGAGUUUGGGCGGCUGGAGCAGCUGUUCCGGGUGGACGUGAGGGAGGCGAAGCAGUACUUGAGACGAUUUCAUGCAAUGGACGUGGGGCACUGUGGCACUGUGAGCUAUCCCGGGUUCCUGGCAGCGCUGGGCCUGCCGGACUCGGAGGCCUCUCAAAUGCUCUUUGACUUUCUCGAUACCAAUGAGCGCGGCACUAUCAACUUCAGAGAGUUCCUGGCAGGGCUGGUCUUUGUGUCGCGCCAUCCUCAAUUCCAUGAUUCGGUGGAGAAGGCGUUCAAGCGGUUGGAUCUGGACGGAGAUGGACGGCUGACAGCGCACGAGGCGAAGGAGGGCAUGCGGGAGCUCUUCCCUGCGAUCACAGACGAACAGCUGGCCAAGCUGUGUGAGCUGCUGGGGCUCAACAGCAAGACGUCUCUCUCCUGGGAUGAGUUUGAGCAUUUCCUCAAGACCAACCCCGAGUAUCUGGUGGCGAUUCUCGCCGCCGAUUUGGCUGAUGCAAAGGUGGAGGAAGAGAGCAGCGAAGUUACGUCAGAUUAG